UAUGAUACGGUAUGAUAAUUUUAUCGGUUUGAUAAAGGUUUUAAUUCCACACUAUUGAUUUGGUGACAAAUGGCAUCAUAAAUAUAUUUUGGAAGGAUAAAUUAUGUAAGGGAAAUGCAUGUUUCGUUAUUUACUGUUACUCAGGGAUGACCAAUAAUGACCGCUAGAUGCCGCUAUUUGUUCAGGAACCAACGUUAUGUUGCCUAUGUCGCUAAAUUAUUUUUAGUCUGCAUAAUGACAAUUAUUAUAUUAUUUUUUGUUCGCCAUAAUAUCUUAUAUUCACGGGGUACCUUUUUGAAAACCAAGAUAUGGAAGCACUCUGCAGAAACACAAAUUAAGGCAUUUUCGUCAGUUCUCGAGACAGAUAUUGAGGCCAGCUCAAACGAAAAUGCUUUGUCCGACGAACAGUUAAAAUUAGAAAUCGAGAAAAUUUUGCCCAGUUUGCCAGAAAUUAAAAAGGAUUGGGAAUCGGAUGCAAAAAGGGGAUAUAAUCAAACUUGUGCUAAGUUUGUACUACCUCUAGACAUUGAGUACCGCGACUCAUAUUGGCAAUCUCAGAAAACUAGUAACGGUAUGUUCCUUUUAUACAAUGCAUAUUUGGAUACCAGAUCGGAAAAUACACUUGGUCCUACUGUAAGAAUUGUAGGAAUGAUAGAUAUACACGAAAUAAGUUCAACUACAUAUUGUCAACUUUGGUUUAACGAUACAAACAACCCAGUAAUCGUAAAAACCUUUGAACAUAGAAGUAUCUGGUGGUUCGGAAAACCACAAGAAGGUUAUUUUAUACCGUAUCUUAUAUCAUGCGUUUUGCCAAAAGAAUUUAGCAAACGAAUUCCGGAAUCUAUUUCCUUGGUGGAAAGAGAGUGUGAUAAUGCAACUAAUCGCUUAAGAGUUUUAUACGACAACCCUGGGAAAAAAGAAGAUUUUGCAGUUUGUACAAAAGGCUUAAGUUUUCCAAACGAUAUUUCCUCUAGACUGACGGAGUGGAUAGAAAUGUUAGAUGUUACAGGCGUAAAUAAAAUCUUUCUCUACGAGCUCUACACACAUCCGAAUACAAGAAAAAUUUUAAAUUAUUAUGAGAAAAUGGGGAAAAUCCAAGUAACUACUUUGACGUUACCGGGAGGCCAAUCUAAUGUUCCGUUUCUACAACAUUUUUAUCUCCAGAAACAAAUUCUAAGAAAAAGACUUAAUGAAAUUGUUCCAUACAAUGAUUGCUUUUACAGAAACAUGUAUCGAUACAAGUAUAUUAUUGUGAUUGAUACAGAUGAAGUCAUAGUUCCUAUGAAAGAUGACAAUUUAAAAGCACUGAUGCACAGAGUCAAAACGAAGUUAUUAGCAACUGGAAAAAUUGAACGCGGAGCUGCAUAUACUGUGACAAAUGUUCAUUUUGUUAAUGGUUCAACUGAGGAUGAAACUAUACCUAAGCACAUGUAUAUGCUUCGACAUACAUACAGAGACAAGGAAAUGCACGAUAAAGAGUUCCUUAAGUCUUUUUUAAACACAGAAAAAGUGUUAACAGUUUUCAAUCACUACCCACUUGACUGUUUGAAACCUGGACCUUGUCUAAAAUAUCAUAUAGAUUCCGAAGAUGCGCAUUUGCAACACUACAGGCCAAAUUGCAAAGUCAAAUGCAAAGGGAAACAACAUGUAACCGAUGAAUCAAUUUGGAAAUAUAGAGAUAUACUUAUAAAAAGAGUACAGAGCACAUUAACUAAUAUAGGACUGAUUAAAGAAAAAUAAACAAUAAUAGUAACAGUAUUUGUUAUAUUAAAAUAUAUUGAUUGUACUAUUUU